AUGCAAUGUGACAGCAGUCAGCCAGAGGUCUCUGAGAUUAAAGCUCAGCACAGUGAAUUGGAGAUCCCCCAGACAGAAGAACCCUUUCCUGUUAAACAAGAGGAGGUGCUGGAAAUUGUCCGUAUUAAACGGGAGCCUCCUGAAGUAGAUUUUGACCACAUGGAACUAGGGAAGCAAAAAUCCGAGGACUUCAAACCAAACAUCACUGAGCUGGAGCCUGUAUGUCUGCGGGAGUGUAGUGUGGUGCUGGAGAGAAUCUGUGUGAGAGAGCAAGACGCUGGAGAGGAAGGUUUUCCCAACAGCACGCAAGGAGGUGGAAAGGAAGACUCACAUUCAGAAUGCAGUCUAGCAGGUUCCAGUCGGGCAGCUAAAAGUUUCAGAAACACAGGAACCCUGAAAGAACACCUGAGAAUUCACACAGGAGAGAAACCACAUUGCUGCUCUGACUGCGGGAAGAGUUUCAGUCGUUCAGGAAACCUGAAAACACACCAGCGAACUCACACAGGAGAGAAACCAUAUUGUUGCUCUGACUGUGGGAAGAGAUUCGGUUACUCAGAAACCCUAAUAAAACACCAGCGAACUCACACAGGAGAGAAACCGUAUCGCUGCUCUGACUGUGGGAAGAGAUAUGGUUACUCAGAAACCCUAAUAAAACACCAGCGAACUCACACAGGAGAGAAACCGUAUCGCUGCUCCGACUGUGGGAAGAGUUUCAGUCAGUCUGGACACCUUGUUGCACACCAGCUAACUCACACAGGAGAGAAACCGUAUCGCUGCUCUGACUGUGGGAAGAGUUUCAGUCGCUCAGGAAACCUGAAAGAACACCAGAGAACUCACACAGGAGAGAAACCUUGUCAUUGCUCUGACUGUGGGAAGAGUUUUGCUCACUCAGGAACCCUGGUAAAACACCAGCGAAUUCAUAGAGGAGAGAUAUCAUAUCAAUGUACUGAAUGUGAGAAGAGGUUCAGUUGGUUAGGAAACCUCAAAAGACACCAGCGAAUUCACGCUGGGCAGAAGCCAAAUCACUGUGGUGAAUGUGGGGAGCACUUCAUUGAGUCAGGGAAGCUAAAAAUACACCAGCAAAUUCACACUGGAGAGAAGCCGUAUCACUGUUCUGACUGUGGGAAGAGCUUCCGUCAGUCAGGAGACCUAAAAAAACACCAGCGAAUUCACACUGGAGAGAAGCCGUAUCACUGUUCUGACUGUGGGAAGAGCUUCCGUCAGUUAGGAGACCUAAAAAAACACCAGCGAAUUCACACUGGAGAGAAGCCGUAUCACUGUUCUGACUGUGGGAAGAGCUUCAGUCAGUCAGGAUACCUAAAAACACACCAGCGAAUUCACACUGGAGAGAAGCCAUAUCACUGUUCUGACUGUGGGAAGAGCUUCAGUCAGUUAGGAAACCUAAAAACACACCAGCGAAUUCACACUGGAGAGAAGCCGUAUCACUGUACUGAUGGGAAGAGCUUCAGUCAGUUAGGACACCUAAAAACACACCAGCGAAUUCACACUGGAGAGAAGCCGUAUCACUGUUCUGACUGUGGGAAGAGCUUCAGUCAGUUAGGACACCUAAAAACACACCAGCGAAUUCACACUGGAGAGAAGCCGUAUCACUGUUUGACUGUGGGAAGCUUGAGCAAUUCUGCAAAAGAAUAGGCAAAAAUUGCAGUGUCCAAAUGUGCAAAGCUGCUAGAGACUUAUCCAAA